GGGCACACCAAAAAUACUGUCAUUGCAAAAACCGGGAUUCGUAUACAGAAUAUUUGUAAAGAAAAAUCUCGUUUAUAUGCCUUUACGGAGGCUACAGGACAAUCCGGACCUUGAGAAGCCAUCAUCCAGAGCAGAAACCCUUCCAGCCUUCUAAACAUGUCCAGUUCUAAUGGUGGCGGUGGAAGCAGUGGGGGUGGAGGAGGCGUCGCCUCUGCUGGUGAUUGGAUUUGCCCAGAUUACGACUGUCGCCACCUAAAUUUUGCCCGACGCAUGCAGUGUAACAAAUGCGAUCGAGAACGUGAUGGCGGUGAUAAGCCAGAGCGGGAAAGGGACCGGGACCGGGACCGAGACAGAGAUCGCGGAAAUGGGAGCAGCAGCAGUAGCAGUAGUUCCAGCAAAAAGAAGCUAGGUACGGAGAUCGGCAAGGCGGCGGCAGACAAGUCAAGGGGCCUGUUCAGCGCUGAGGACUGGCAGUGCAGUAAGUGCGCCAAUGUCAACUGGGCUCGACGCCAGACCUGCAACAUGUGCAAUGCCCCAAAGUUCUCGGAUGUGGAGGAGCGAACUGGUUUCGGCGGAGGCUACAACGACCGAGGUGUUGUUGAGUACAAGGACCGGGCGGAUUCGGACAGCGAGUAUGACGAAUUUGGACGGAGAAAGAAACGGAAACAAAACGAUAACCAUGAGAAUUCAAAACGGGCCAGGAGGUCCAGCCGCAAUGAUGAGAAAGAAGAGGAGGAGGAUGAUGAGGACGAUGAAGAUGGAGAUGACGAGGAUCUUUCCAAGUACGAUCUGUGGGGCGACGACGAAGUCACCUCGACGGAUUUGAAAAGUAAAGCGCCUACGGGCAAUGGAGAGAAGGAAGCAAAGGAUCGCAGAAAGCGCACAUCGCGAGACUCCUCUUCCUCUGUGUCCUCGUCAUCGUCCAGUUCGUCGAGCAGCAGCGAUUCGUCAUCGAGCAGCUCGAGUAGCUCUAGCAGCGGUGGCGAUGGUGGUAAGCGCAGGCCAGGAUCACCAGGCAGGCGCUAGCCACACCAACAAUCUUUUAGCAAUUGUCUUAUAUUUCACAUUUACUAUCACACAUUUCUUGCGGGCGAAUUAUAUUGCUCGUUUAUUUAUUUGCCAGUCUGUGCUGCUCUCGAAACGACAUGACACGAGGUAGGAUGUCCAAUUUACUAUAAAAAUUAUGCAAAAAAUAUGAUUUAAGAACAAAAAUUACGUUUAUUGUAAGACUCCGUAACAUUAAAUGCGGGCCUAAUUAAAAGAA